GCGCAUGCGUGGAUGAUUAGUGAAGUGCGAGACAUCGCGGCAAUCGGACGUUGCAGACACCCGUGGAAGAGAUCGAAUCUUCAAGACCCAGACCCAGAUCCCACAAAACAUAUCCCAGAGAUUCAAUUGGACAACAAACAGCUAGCAAGAUACCAAAUGGCGCAGGGUCUGCCUUUAACUCUGUUCGGUGUCGUGCUCCUUGGUGCGACUGCCUCCUUCGCCUGGAAGCCCAUCGCAGUUAGCUCGAGCGGUAGCAGCGGAAUUGCCGGGAUCAGCGGCAGCACCGCCGCCUAUAGCCUUAAGCAGUCGCAUCCGGGCUCCGCGAGUAGUAGUCAUGAGAUGUCCACAAGUUUUUCUCAGUUCGGCAACGAAAAGGAAACCGCUGUCGAUGUCGAGGACGAUCUGCUCCUUGGACGGGCUGCGAUCGUAAAUGGCGUGGACUCCAGUGCCUCGGUGGCUCAUCCUAUUACCUUUGCUGAUCAUGUAGAGGAUCAAUACGAGUCGUAUAGCAUUGAGGAUGAGAUCCCCAAGGAGCCGCUGACCUUCGCACGGACUCCACUGUACAAGCCCGAUAGAUGUAGCGUUAAGAAGUUCGCUUUUAACCAGGACGGCGAGGUGGUGUAUGACAAUCCGAUGCCGGAACUGGACCAGUUUACGCUCUGCUUUUGGAUGCGAUUCACCAACCACAGCGGCGAUCACGUCCUCUUGACCUAUGAGGCUGGAAAGGAACCACGCGAGGUGCAAAUCUGGGUCGCAAAUGCGCAGAAUUCCAGUUUCCUUUCGAUGGCCAUAAAAGGUCAGCAAAUGUACAGAUUGAACUAUCCGCUGAAAAUGCGACAGUGGCAUCACAUGUGCAGCUCAUGGAAUGGCAAGACGGGCGAGUGGCAGGUCUGGCUAAAGGCAGAACGCAUUGGGCGUGGCUUCCACAACUCGUUAGUGGGUCAUAAAAUCCCAGCGAACGGCAAGCUACGUUCCGGCGGCUCUUCGGUGACCGGUCAGGUGAGCCACGGACUGCAUUUUGAGAUGACUUUGGUCCAGGUCUACCGGGUGGCCCUCAGUGCCGGUAAGGCCCAUCGCGACCACAAGCACCACCAUGCUCAUCAUUUUGAUCACGAAGGCUUGGAGGUCUCCAGCACCACCCGUGCCCCGCCCUCGAUCAAUCGUCCCCAGCCUAUGCACACGCUGCUAGCCAGUGGACAGAUCCCCACAAGGGUGCGCAUUAACUUGGCCAAUCCGCCACCGACGGCAAAUGGAGCACCAGCUCCAGGCGCUGCUCCUGCACCCACUGAUCCCGCCCAGCAGGCCAUCACCAUUAAUACAAACUUUGUGAACGGACAGAUCAAUGCAGGAUCGCGCCUGGUGGCCCAGCAGCUCCUGGGACUCUCGCCACCAAAUGGAUUGCCUCAGGCUCAAGUCCGGCCUGGCGGUGGCAACCGCUUCCAGAUGCUGAGCAAUUCAGCCAACGUGCAGUUCAUCGAUGAAACAGAAACCCAUAUUCAGUUCAAACGGGAAGCUGACCCCAAGAAGCUGAAGAAGCGCGGCCUGGUUUUGCUAGAUGAUGGAUCCGUGGUGGACGACGGAUCCGGAACGGAUUCCAGCUUGAUUUACAAUGGCCUUGCCGACUUUGGCGGCCAGCAGUUCAAGCAGGACCUAACACUCAAGAUGAGUUUGGAAGAAGAGAUCAGCACGCACGACCGCGAGCCCGCCGAGGAGGAGGUGAAGGCCGUGAUGGGCAUCUGCAGUAGCUGUCAAACGGAGCCCUUCCAGGGCGCCAUAGUGUUCGCGUGGAAGGAUGUCCGCGAGCACAUGAACAAUGCCCUCAAGGGCCUGAGUGUGGGCCAAUGCGGAAACUUCUAGUUAUGCCUUGGAGUAUGGAUGUCCGAGUGGACCCCAGCUUAAGCUUUCCCAAUUCUCACAAUUCUUUUCCCUUUUUUUUUUCUUUACACGAGUAAGUAUUUGAUUGGAGUGGGGAAUCUUAUGACCCACAUGUCCAUGUGGGAGUCAACGCUUUAGAGUGGCAGCCCAGUUGGGACCCCAACAAUCCUUGACUCGCUCAUGGACACCCAUCCCUACAUCCUUGACACCCACACCCUAGCAAUUACGCGGUGAUAUUGAAUAAAGGACUAUUUAAAUCAAA